ACCUAUUUCAGAAAUGAAACCUCUCACGCUCCUAAAAGUGUCAGAGAACUCGCCUCAUCUCAGCGCAGACGCUGUCCUGGCCCUGAACGCUGCUGCGGUUAUCGCCAACAUAAAGCUGCAGGCCCAGCAGAGACAGAAGGAUGAGCAGACACCCACUACAUCCCACACAGCAACAGCAGUGUCUUUAACUGAGGAUAGAUGGAAUAAUGAAGAGGCUACUGGUGCUGAUGGGAAGAACAAAACGCCUCCAGCAAGUCCAUGUGUGGAGUUUGUUCCGAUUGAGUCCCAAAAUGUGCCUCCUGAAACGGCAUUGUCACUUAGCGAAGCUUUAGCGAUGAGACGGCCUGAUUUCAUCCGGCGCUCACAGGCCAGAGUUCGAGCCCUGGAGUGGAGGUCGCAGGAGAGGCAGAGAGCACAGAUCUCCCCCCAGAGCCCCGAGCGAGAAAGCCUUUUGAAAUCCAAAGACAGAAGCAUCAUGGGAAAGGGUCUACAGCUGCGGUCCAGGAGGAAUUAUAACCAGCUCCCUGAAGUGAGGAAGAGGAGAGAGGAAGAAAAGAGAAAAAAAGACGAGGAGAAAAGAAAACUGGCAUCUCGGACCAACAGGCUGCGGGCAGAGCUCUUUAAAAAGAAACUUCUGGAGCAGAUUUUGCAGAGAGGAGGAAAUCACUGACACCGCCUUGGACUCGUGUUUCUUCUCACUCCACAGUUCUCAAACCGGCCCUUGAAAAAUAUGACAUGACAACGGUCAUAAAUGUUAUGGAAUAGCUCCUUCCAGAAUAAAAGUGCCUCUGGAUUACAUCUAUUCCCUCUACACACUGCGGGGCAAAAGUGUGGAAUAAGUACGAUUUCAAUUUCUUAAUGUUUUUUAAAGAAGUCUC